AUGAAACAAUUUUACGCUCUGUCCCUCACCCACCAUCCCGAUAAGAAUCCAAAGGAUCCCGAUGCCUCAUCUCGCUUUGCAUCAAUAUCCAAUGCGUAUCAAACCCUCUCCAAUGCUGCCAAGCGUGCAAAAUAUGAUCACGAUCAUGAUAUACACCGUGCAGCGACAGUAGCAUCAUCCAGCACACGAAGUGGUCAUCGCGGUUCAUACGUCGGGUCACGACCACCUUCAGGCUUAAGCAAGCGCAGGGGCCCCUUUAGAGGACCCCCGCCUAGCUUUUAUGCUCAUGGAGGUUAUGGCACAGCACACCAUAACCGCCCUCCGCCACAUCACCACCGCCACGAGCACCAUGAACACCAACACCCCCAUUCUCACAGGCAGCCUCAAGGCGGUCCCGCUGCAUAUGAUAACCCGGAUGCAUUUAUCUACCACAACCCUGUCCCCCACUUCAACGCCGCGUCGCAUUUCCGCACCCAGACCCACGAAGACGCCCGGCGUCGUGAGCGCCGUCUUAGAGCCACCCGGCAGGCAAAAGAGGAAGCUGCAGCACGCGGAUUUGACAUCUCCGAUGGCGAAGGGAAUACGACGAUGCGGCUGUUUCUGGUGUUGGGUAUCAUGGGCACUGGUUGGGCGGUGAUGGUAGUAGGCCAUGGACUUCUGGGGAAUGCGCAAUCAUCAUCGUCUUCAACUGGGAUGACUACGCCGAUCAUGUAUGCGCCGAGGAAGCCGCACGCCCAGGAGUAUAACAUGCGGGUGACCAGCGUGGUGCGGCAGGAGCCGCAAGUAGCUCCUCAUGGUGAAAUGCGACUGGUUGACCAAAGCGAUGCAACGAAUAAAAAUCCCUAA